CUCAGUUUAUUUUUCUUUCAAAAUAUUUUUACACGUGUGAAGAUAUAAUAAAACGCAUAAAACAAUUUUUCUAUUGUUUUCUUUAAUAAAAUAUAACUUUUCCACGCAUUUAAUUUAAAUAAAAAAAGCUUCAUCAUGGGAAUGGUAUCUAAGAGAAAAAAGAUGCAUUAUGGGGAUACCCAUUUGCAGAGGAGAUGGCGAGUGCGAAAUCGUAAAAGGGACCUUGAUCUGAUUGAUAAAGACAUACAGACAGGAGGCGAAAAACUGAUUAAUCAAGAAGUAGAUCUGGAAAAACCGGGGUUUGCUCAAUUUUAUUGCGUCCAUUGUGCCAAGUACUUUACUGAUGACCAUGCUAUGCAAGCGCACUUCAGAACAAAGGUCCAUAAACGUCGCCUAAAAGCUUUAGAAGUUGAACCAUAUUCAAUCGAAGAAGCUGAACGUGCUGCUGGUCAAGGUAGCUACGUUAAACCUAAAACUCGUUCCGUUACAACUCAACCAUCUAAGGAAGAAGUCAAGGCUGGCAAAAGAUUAACAUUAGAAGAGAAACCAGAAACACCGGCAAAAAAGCGAAAGGUUGAAAAAAUGCAAGAAGAAUAAAGACGACAAUAAAUAAUGAAUUUUAAAACAAUGUACAUAAAAGUAUUUGUUUUUGAUAUUUUUGAUAUCAAUAAAGAAAUACAACAAAAAAAAUCAAUUUUGUUUUGUAUAUUGAAGUAUAUUUUAUAAUUCUUAAACAUUA